CGCCCCGGCUCCAAGAUGCUCCGCCAAGGGGGGUUUGCAGAGCUGCUGCUGGUGCUGCUGGGGCUGAAGGUGCCUGGCGCCCUGGGCUGCCCCACCGACUGCGUCUGCUACCCGUCCCCCAUGACCGUCAGCUGUCAGGCUCACAACUUCGUCACCAUCCCCGAGGGCAUCCCUGAGGACAGCGAGAGGAUCUUCCUCCAGAACAACCAGAUCACCUUGCUGCUGCGGGGCCACUUCAGCCCCUCCAUGGUCACCCUCUGGAUCUACUCCAACAACAUCACCUUCAUCGACCCCAACACCUUCGAUGGGUUUGUCAACCUGGAAGAGUUGGACCUAGGGGACAACCGCUACUUAAGGGCUUUAGCUGCAGACACUUUCCAAGGGCUGGUGAAACUCCACGCCUUGUAUUUGUACAAGUGUGGGCUGAGCUCCCUCCCCAGUGGGAUAUUUGGUGGCCUCCACAACCUGCAAUACCUUUACCUGCAAGACAACCACAUUGAGUUCCUUCAGGAUGAUAUUUUUGUUGACUUGGUUAACCUCAGCCAUCUUUUUCUCCAUGGAAACAAGCUUUGGAGCCUCCAUCAGAACACAUUCAGGGGACUAAUAAACCUGGAUCGGCUGCUCAUCCAUCAAAAUCAGCUGCAGUGGAUUCACAGGCGGGCUUUUCACGACCUCCGAAGAUUGACCACCCUUUUCCUGUUCAAUAACAGCCUCUCGGAGCUGCAGGGCGACUGCCUGGCCCACUUGGGAGCUCUGGAGUUUCUCAGGCUGAAUGGGAACCCAUGGAGCUGCGACUGCAAAGCCCGUUCCCUCUGGGAAUGGCUGCACAGGUUCCGAGGCUCCAGCUCCAGCGUCAUCUGCGAGUCCCCAGAGCAGAUGCACGGCAAGGACCUCAAGGUGCUAAGAGCAGAAGACUUUAGGAACUGUUCGGGGUCCGAGUCGCUCCAUCAGAUUAAAACACAUACUUUCUCCACGGCGGACAGAGGAGCCUCCAAAACCCACCACCCUCACCACUCCUCCAAGGAGAAGGGGAAGGAGAAUGGCUUGCACAGCAGCCAGCCCGCCGGCCCCCCCGGCUCCCGGCCGGGCUUCCGCAAACCCGGCAAGAACUGCACCAGCCACAAAAGCCGCAACCGAACCUCCAAACCAGUAUCCUUGGGGCCGCGGAAAAACGGGCAGGAGGUUCCAGACUAUGUGCCUGAUUAUCAGCACAAAUUCAGUUUUGGGGUGAUGCCCACGCUCCACCCCAAACGCAAGGGGAAGUGCACCCGUCGGACGCCCAUCCGCCCCCCCAGCGGGGUGCAGCAGGCAGCCGGCUGCCCGGGGCUCAGGGCGUCGCUCCUGGUCUUCAUGAUGGUGUUGGCGGCCGUCAUCCGCUGA